UCUGAUUCUGAUUCUGAUUCUGAUGCUGAGAUGGGGACCAGCAUGCGUGCACCACGGCCCCGACAACCGACUGAAGGGACGCUCGGUUCACAAGGGAUUGCUUUUGACUUCAACACGUUACUUUCUGGAGCAGAGUUCAGUUUGGAGAGACCCGACGGAUCGACAAUUCCCAGAGACAGCCCCGAGUAUAAGAAAAUAAUGGCUCAGUUGAAAAGCAAAGGAGUCGACCUGACCAGGUCAAUGACCAGCAUGGACACAAGCAAGAACGUCCCGGGAGCCGACAUAUUUGAAAGACAUGUCGGAAAGACUGGAUCACGGGGAAUAGGGGGAAUGUCAGGAAUGGGAGGCGAGAUGUCCGGAAUAGGGAGCGGAAUGUCUGGAAUUUCCGGAAUGUAUAGCGGAAUGGGAGGUGGGAUGUCCGGAAUGGGAGGUGGGAUGUCCGGAAUGGGAGGCAUGAUGUCCGGAAUGGGUGGCGGAAAGUCUAGGAUUUCGAGCGGGAAGUCUGGAAUUUCCGGAAUGUUUAGCGAAAUGGGAGGUGGGAUGUCCGGAAUGGGAGUUGGGAUGUCCGGAAUGGGAGUUGGGAUGUCCGGAAUGGGAGGCAUGAUGUCCGGAAUGGGUGGUGGAAAGUCUAGGAUUUCGAGCGGGAAGUCUGGAAUUUCCGGAAUGUUUAGCGGAAUGGGAGUUGGGAUGUCCGGAAUGGGAGGUGGGAUGUCCGGAAUGGGUGGCGGAAAGUCUAGCAUUUCGAGCGGGAAGUCUGGAAUUUCCGGAAUGUAUAGCGGAAUGGGAGGUGGGAUGUCCGGAAUGGGAAGCGGGAUGUCCAAAAUGGGUGGCGGAAAGUCUAGGAUUUCGAGCGGGAAGUCUGGAAUUUCCAGAAUGUAUAGCGGAAUGGGAGGCGGGAUGUCCGGAAUGGGAGGUGGGAUGUCUGGAACGGGAGGUGGGAUGUCCAAAAUGGGAGGUGGGAUGUCCGGAAUGGGAGGUGGGAUGUCUGGAAUGUUUAGCAGUUUUUUAAGCGGAAUUGAAGAGUCCGGAAAGGGAGGUGCAAAGACCAGCAGUGAUAAAAAUGACCUCGUCAGGAGUUUGGUCUUCUUCGGCUAGCUGCCAAGGUUUAAUUGAUGGUCUUUUCUGGCGUUGAACAUACAGAUCAAUUAAAAUGCAUCUUUCAUGAAAUAAAAGAAAGUAUAUGAUAA